AUGGGUUUGGAAAGAGAAGGUGCUCAUUUAACAGUUAUUCAAAAUGGAAAAGUUAUCAUAAAUCUAUGGAAUGGUUAUUCAGAUUCUGAAUCACUUCGUGAAUGGAAUCGUAAUACGAAAACAGUUUUAUUUUCUACCACAAAAGCAAUUGCAGCACUCUGCCUAGCAAUGCAAAUUGAUAGAGGUCGUCUAUCAUAUGAUGAUCUAGUAGUGAAAUAUUGGCCAGAAUAUGGACAAUGCGGGAAGCAUAUGACUACAGUUGAAGAUAUUUUAACUCAUAAAGCUGGUAUUCCAUAUCUUGAUAAUAUUACAAUAGAAGAUGUAGCAAAUGAAAAUAGAAUUAUGAAAAUAAUGGAGCAAGCUAAGCCUCUUUGGAAACCUGGAACUGCUACUGGAUAUCAUGCUGUGACAUUUGGUUGGUUGAUUGAUGGUAUUUUCCGUAAAGUAGAUGAAAAAGGACGCAAUAUUAAAACAUUUCUACAAGAAGAAAUAGCUGAUAAAUAUGGUAUUGAUACUACGAUUGGUUUGUCAAAGGAGGAAUUCAAGAGUUUAGCUCGAGCAACGCAACCUGGAUUACUUGAAUAUGCUCGAGAUGUGUUAUUUGAUCUACGAGUAAUUAUCAUGCUUGCAAUGAUGUAUGCACAACCAUCAAAUUCUUUAGCAGCAAGAAUUCGAAUUCAUCCAUCAUGGCUUCCGUUGAAUUUUGAUACGGUAGCACUGAAUGAUCCAAAUAUUGUUGAAUUAAAUAUGGCGGCAAUAGGAGGUGUUAGUGAUGCUUACAAUUUGGCAAAGCUUUUUUCAUUGGCAAUUGAUGGAACACUUUUAAGUAAUCAAACACUUGCACAAAUAAUUCGACCAACUAUUACUAACUGGCAUUUGGAACAAGUUUUCCUAUAUCCAUUUGUUAAAGGUCGAGGAUUCUUUUUUGAAAAACAUCCUGUUAAUAGGAACACGUACUUGUUUGGACAUCCAGGAUACGGUUGCCAAGCACUGAAUAUCGAUUUUGACAAUAAACUUGUCAUUGCAUACGUAUCAAAUGGUUUAAAAACAGGGAGCGGUAAAAUGUGUAGGACAUAUCAGUCAAUACUUCGAUCUCUCUAUCAAUCGUUAUGA